UUGCAAGUCUGUUUCUUGUUAUUGUUGACAAAUUUAAAAAGGUUAUUUUGACAUCUAGCACUAGCAUUAUUAUUAUUAUAAAACGUUUAAUUUUAUAUACAAGCAAUACAAGAUAGAUUUUUAAAUUUCUUAUUGUAUUCUCAAUAUGGAAAAUGCGAUACAUUUAUUGAGAAGCAGAUUUGAAACAGUAUUGAGGGGCUAACUUCUCUAAGCUCUGGGAUGUUUUCACUGGCAAAUUUCAUAUGUCAAUUGGCACUGUUUCUCAUUGUAUCAGUUACGUGGUUUCAUGUUAUUUCUGCGGGAAUCCAUCAAGCAGAGAAGAAUUGGUGUUGAGUAGCUAGGCCUAUCUUAUUUGAAAAAGCUUUGAAAAUAUCAGAAAAAUGUCUAGUGAAUUGGAUUGUCAAGUACUGGAGAAACUGAAAUCUCUGUAUAAAAACAUUCAUGAAAUUGAAAAGGAGAGGAACAACAUUGAAAAUCAUUUGAAUAAUAUCAUGAAAACGCACGAGAAAGUUGCACAGGAAGGAAAAGUAUCUCCUUAUUACCAGCAAAAAUUGAAAAGCAUGUACACAAAUGCUGUCGUCAGUUCUUCAUCAGAGGAAGAAAUAAUUCGCCAAGCAUUGUCGGAGCUGUAUGAGCUGAGGACCAUUUGCAAGGAGAAGAGAAUUGAGGCGCAGGUAGCAGGCGAUGAAGACACGACCCGCCGAGGGGAUCUGCUGGAUAUGAUACUCAGCUCUGCCCUCUCUUUCCCACUGUGGGUCGGAAAACCCGGCGAGAAGGCACCGCCCCUCUGUGGUGCCAUACCAGCCGAUAGCUCCUACAUUGCAAAGCCGGGUGACUGGGUAGCAGCGUUCGUGAAAGGCGACGAGAAGGAGAUCUGGAUGCUGGCGGAGGUGAUAAUGUACAACGCGGCCACUAACAAGUACAAGGUGGACGACAUCGACGAGGACCAGAAGGAGCGCUAUGUCGUGUGCAAGCGCAAGGUGGUGCCGCUGCCUCUUAUGCGCGCCAACCCGGAGACCGAUCCGUAUGCCUUGUUUCCGGCCGGAUCUGUUGUGAUGGCGCUCUACCCGCGAUCCACGUGUUUCUACAAAGCUGUCGUCAAGGAACCCCCCCUCACCCCGACCGACAGCUACAAGCUGCUCUUCGAAGACCCCACCUACGCCGACGGCUACGCCCCCCCUCUCCCCGUGCCCCAGUGCCACGUCAUCGCCUGCAAGGACAAGAAGCUCAAGCUGUCCAAGGCCUGACACAACGACUCCCUUCUCCAAAUAUUCAACAACGUCGAGCUCAUGUGACUGAUGGAGACGGACGUUGAUCCUACCAACUAGUCCAACCAACCAGUUUAAAGUUAACAAGGAACAACUAGUUGAGUGUUUUCAACGGACCAAAUGAAGUUUUUAAAUGCACUACCUUAGUUGAAACGUUUGAACGAACUUUUUGAGUGUUUUCAACGGACUAGAUGACAGUGUUAUCAACAGACUAAGAGUUAUCACUCAGUGUUAUCAACGGAGUUUUUUCAGUGAACUCAAGUAUUUUCAACGGACUGAAUCAAGUUUUUCAAUGAACUAGUUGUAUGUUUCGACCUACUACGAGUAUGAUAACUAAAAUUUAAACUACUCGUAUUUGACGCUUCUCACCAAUUGUUAGAAGCUGAGAAGUCUUCAACUAACUAUUGAGUGUUUUCAACAAACUGAGUGUUUUCAACGGACUAAAUCCAGCAACUUUUCAGAAACAAUUCUCCAGAAACUAACUGAAAGUUCUCAUUAAUAAUUCAGUUGCAUGAACUAUUUAAGCGUUUUCAACAAUCUGAUAGAGUGCUUUCAAUGGACUAAUGUUUUUUCAUAAACUUGUUUAAUACUCAAAACAUUCUGAGAGUACUGAAAUGAACAUGUUCAUGAUUACAGCUGAAAUUAGAUUUAUUAGGAAGAUUAUUAUAUAUAACUAUUUUAUUGGAUUUUCUAAUUAGAUAGUUCUUAAACUAUAUUUUAUAUUAGAUUUGCCUGUCAGUGGCAAAUGACCGGCGAAACGUGACAUCAGUGGCUGGCCUCAGUAUCACAUAGUUACUUUAAAUUUAAAUAAUCAAGCAUAAAGGAAGCAAAAUGUUUGAUCUUUGCUGAUGAUGUAAAGCUCUACAUGGAGAUUACUAAUGAUUGAUUCCAAUGAUUGUAAUUUGUUGCAGCAAGAUCUUGACAGAUUGGCUAGAUGGUCUUCUAUCAAUGGACUUGACUUGAAUGUUAGGAAGUGUAAGUGUAUCUCAUUCUCUAGAAAAAGUUUGAAGAUGAACUUUUCUUAUGAAGUACAUGGUAUGAAUCUGGAAAGAGUCGAUACAUGUAAGGAUUUGGGUGUAAUCUUUGAUAGCUGUCUCAGGUUCUCAGUGCACAUAGACUAGAGCAUAGCUAGAGCCAAUAAAAUGCUAGGUUUUGUUAUGAGGAAUACAGCUAACUUCAAUAACCUUGAUGCAAUAUGUACUGUUUAUGUGUCAUUGGUCCGGAGUGUGUUGGAAUAUUGCUCUGUGAUUUGGAACCCUUAUACUGAUUUGUGUACUCAUGGUCUUGAGGUAGAUCAGAAUAAGUUUUUGAGGUUUCUCUAUUACAAGCGCUUCGGCCAAUCCUGUCCUUUGGGUUUUCCUACAGACCGUUUGAGAGGUACCUUUCACUUUGUAUCAUUGAGAUUACGACGGGAGAGAGACUCAUUGAUUUUUGUGCAUGGUCUGUUAAGGGGUCGAUUUUCUUCUCCUUCGCUGCUCUCAUUGAUCAGGUUCCAUGUUCCUGCGUUCAACUCCAGAGAUCAUCCCACCUUUGAUAUUAUCAGAUGUAGAACGGUCAGUGGUUACAAUGCUCCCCUGUUUAGGUCUCUUCGAUUAUACAAUAGGCUUAAUGAUGCAUUAGAUUUUUUUGAUUCAGACAGUGUGUUCAGGCGGGACUUGAAUAAGAUUUAUGUUUGUUGAGUUUUGUCUUUUUUUCUUUCCUAUGUAUUAUAAUACAUAAUAUAUUAGUGUUUUUAUUUAUAAGUUUCAUAUUUGCAAAGUUUCCAUAAUUCUCUUUUCUUUGUUUCUUUUCUUCUUGAAUUCUUCAGUAUUAGUUACAUACUUAGUUUUUCUUCUUUUAUCUGCUAUACCCUCAAAGUUUGAGCAUGCGGUUUUUAUAGUUUCAUAUUAUUUGCAAGGUUUUCUAUUAUUAUUUUUUUGUAUUUUGUUUUUUCUAAAACUCAAUAGUAUAUUAGUUAAGUUAUUCUAUUUUCAUUUUAAUGUAUUAUAUUUUCAAAUUGUAUGCUCAAUGUGUGUUAUGAGGGCAAUAAUGGGAUUCAGUUCCUGGUGCCCUCAAAUAUGUAAAUUUUCAAAUAAAUAAAUAAUAAUAAAUAAAUAAAUAAUAUUCUAAAAGUGAAAUAACAUAAAAACUCUUUGCAGCACUUAUUGUAAAGCGUACGGCACCUACAUAGGAAAAUGACAGUAGAUAGACUUUGACUAAACACUUAUCAACGUUUCAAUCAUGUUUAAAUCAACUAUUUAUAGUUGACGUUUGGCUCGUUGAAAUUGUGUAUUAUUAAAUAGAAUACUUCUGUAUGUGCGGUUUUUAAAAUUUCAGCUUACUAUCACUAAAAUACUGUUCAAAUAUUAUUAACAAUGCAAUGCUGAUAUUGGAGAUCGGAUGCUGUUUAUAGAAUUGAAAAUAAAGGAGUUUUCUCUUACAAACUCGUAUGAUCUGUAACGUCUACACACGAGAUUAGCUUCAAUUAUAUUAAUGGUAUCAUAAAAAUAAUAAGAUGAAUGAUCAAAAUGUAAUAGUCGUGAAUCAGUCUGUUAAGGUAUCGAUGUAAUAAUUAUCGUCAAUGUUUAUAAAUAAAACUAUCAAUUUUACCAAACUUAU